AGAGAGAGAGAGAGACAGAGAGAGAGACAGAGAGAGAGAGGGAGACAGAGAGAGAGACACAGAGACAGAGAGAGAGAGAGGGAGAGAAGGAAACAGAGAGGGGCUGAUGCGAUGCUGAUAUUGGGUGGGAAGUGUGUGAAUGUGUGUUUGAAGGGAGCUUUGAGUGAAUGUGUGUACAGCGUCUAGUGACUGUAUGUGCGUGUGCGCAUAUGAGAGUGUGUGUGCGAGCAUGUGUGUGUAAGAUCAGGAAGCGGAACACAGUAGAGACCUAGAAGACCUUGAAGAAAGAUGGAGGACAAAGAAUACAACAGCGGUGGCUUCAUGAGGCUCGUAUCAGAGGAGAGCUGUAGCUCCACUGUGACAGACGAGUUGUGUGUUAAUAACUACCAGACUGAGAUCUUCAACCAGCUCCCCAGCUCUUUGGCCCGACGACGGUCCCUCCAUUACCACCAGGACAGGGGGACCACAGAGACAUCGCACCCAGUAGAGAAGUACCCUGGACUGGCUGGAGAAGCCAGAGACAAGGCCACUACCCAGCCGAUCAGGAGCCUGCCGGUCUGUAUGCAGAGGAAGAGAGAGGCAAGGGACCUGAGGCACCUGCAGACGCGCACUGUUGGCCGAUGGGAGUCAUGGAAGCGGAACCAGAGCAUAAACAGGAAGAGGCUCGGGGAGCAGGUGGGCGAGGCAAUGGCAAGGCUUUUACCAUGGAGCAGCAUCCUCCACACCAUUGAAGGUAGAUUCGGUGUAGGCGUGAAAGCUUAUUUUGUCUUCCUGAGAUAUUUGCUUUACCUGAACCUGCUCCUGUGUCUGGUCAUUGGAGGGACUAUACUCAUACCCACAGCAGUCUAUGACAGCGACGGUGACAGAGGACUACUGAGGUUUGAGGGCAAUGACUCGGUUUUGGACUUCUUCGUUGGUUCGGGUUUUCUAGAACGUUCUCCAGUAUUCUAUGGGUUCUAUGCACGUAGUUCUCUAGACCUGCUGUGUCUGAACACGCCCCUCCUCUCCUCCUCGGAACCCUCACCGUCCUCAUCCUCAGUUUGGUCAUGGUGGUCCGCAGGACGGUUGUAGGCUAACAAGCACAC